AUGGCGUCGGCCUUUGCCUUCCUUGAGACUCCAAACCGCGGCGUGCCUGACCGAAGACAUUCGACUGAGCAUCUUGGAGUGACCUCGACCUCGCUGUCAAGAAAUAGCAGCAGCGCCUCCUUGUCAUCUCGCAAAUCCGAGCCGGGCUGGUUCGGCGCAAUGAACAAUGUGGAUCGAAGCCGUUCCAGCUCUGUCCCCGUACACAACUCCACCAAACCGCCCAGUGGAUUGAGCAAGCUGUUUGGCAGGAAGGAGAAAAAGGAGAAAAAAGAUAUGGAUCACUUCAUCCUCACCUCCCGACAUGCGGCCGCUGUCAAGACUAAAUUGGCGCUGGACCCGAAAUACAAGAACGUGCGCAGAGACUCUGCCCCUGCUGAACGGCUUGCGGGUUCCCAGAACAUCAUGCAUAUUAGUGCAGGGGAACUGGAAAUGAGGCAUCCGCAUUCCGGAUCACCUGCGCUUCAUGCAGCACGGAACAAAACAGACCUACCUGCUCUCACACGCAUCAUCAGCGGCGACGAAGCUGAUGAACCAGAUGAGUGGGAGAAGAUGAGGGAUCAGUGGCGGCAGCGCAAGGUUCCGACACUGGACACGCAGAUCAUUGAAGGUCAAGUGCUAGGCAAUCAAUCUUCAGGACAAUCGACGCCCGCAGAAAAGGGUACGGAGGUCGAAACAUCACCACCACAAGUCACCGAACCACGAGGCAGCAGGACCCUUUCGGCCACUGACGAUGAAUAUCAGCCACGACCAGCGAGGACCCAUACCCCAAUCGGUGGGCGCUGGAAAAAGGAUGAGAAGGGUGUUUGGAAGAGAUGA